AUUUUUUCCUCCAGUGAAGCUCGGAAAUCUCCAAGCGCAUGAGGAAAGGAAAAAACUCAGGGUGGAGGCAUGUCUGCGGGUGGGGGUGUGUGUGUGUGGGUGUGUGUGUGGAGGUGGAAAUGGGCAGCAGGGAGGAGGAAUGUGAAACAUUUCUGGUGCCGGACCAGAGGCUGUUUACACAGCAGUGACAUCAGAGGCCAGACUUUAUAAAAGUCAGCAGGCAUGAGAACGAGCUCUUAGCAAACGGCUCCCAUCCAUCACACAGCAGGAAACACCGAGCGGCACCAGGAUCACAAUGGACCGACUGGAUCGCUGUGUGAUUAUUCUGUCUGCGCUGCUUUGUGUGGCCACACAGGUUCUGUGCCAGCUCUGCAACAGGCCCUGCCUUUGCCCUGCUUCUGCCCCUCAGUGCGCUGCGGGCGUCCCUCUGGUGCCGGACGGCUGCAGGUGCUGCCAGGUGUGCGCUCGGCAGCGAGGCGAGUCGUGCUCAGAGAUGCUGCCCUGCGACAGGCAGAAAGGACUGCAGUGUGACUUCAGCGCCAGCUUCCCUGGGGACCCUGGAGAGUGUGUCGGUGAUGAGGAUCUGAGCUGCAAGGUGAACGGCAUCACGUACCUCAACGGCCAGUCGUUCCAGCCAUCCUGCGACUCUUACUGCCACUGCCGAGGCGGAGGAGUGAGCUGCGUGUCGACCUGUCCGCUGACGGGCCGCCUUCCCACUCCGGACUGUCCCAGCCCGCAGUUCGUCCGUUUACCGGGGAAGUGCUGCAGGGAAUGGGUGUGUGAAAACCUGGAAAACACCGUGAUUCAAGACGCCAUUACAGCCAUGAAUCCAGGCAGGUCGGGGUCAACGAUGGCAGGAGCUCCUGUCCUGAAACAGCUGGUCCUGCCAGCCUCCAGCUGCGUGGAGCAGGCCACCCAGUGGAGCGCCUGCUCCCAGAGCUGCGGGGCCGGCGUCUCCACUCGGGUCUCAAACCAAAAUCCUGCCUGCAAGCUGCAAAUGGAGACCCGACUGUGCAAAGUGCGGCCCUGCGGGGCCGUUCAGCCUGUGCCAAGGAAACCCAGGAGGGGACAGAAGGGUUGGUGCAAAGCCAGCUACAGGUCACCAGGUCCCAUCCGACUUGUGCAUCAUGGCUGCUUCAGCACUCAAAGCCUACCAGCUGCAGUACUGUGGCCAGUGCAACGACUCUCGAUGCUGCACGCCGCACCAAACCUCCACCGUUCAGGUGACCUUCCACAGCCAAGUUUUGAAUUGAAUUCCUAAUGAAUAUUGUGGUAUUUUUAACAUAUUUUACUACUUUGUACUGAUUCUGGGAAGUAUCAAGAUCGUAGAUUGUAAAACAAAUUGCUCUUGCAUGUCAGAGCUGCUCCUUCUGUCAACUUUCAACCCUCCUAAAACAGUUUAAUUGUGCCUGAAAUGAUAGCUGUAAUCAUCUUAUGCUGACUAUUCAUUUGCCUUCAGACAAGGAGGUUUACAGCCCAAACCUUUCAGCAUGUUCUGACAUCUAGUGGUCGGAACAGUGUACUGCAGAUGCAGAGCAUUGGACAGAACAUUCAACUUGAGAAUAGCAAUAAAAUCUUUUCUUGUUGCAGCCUCAAAAACAUAUAAAGAUGUGGUAAACUCUGUUUUGAAACAUUUUGUUCAGCUUUUAAUUUAUAUUUUAAACAUGAGGAAAUUAAGCCAGCUACCAGAAGUUCACUUGUAGUCAUAAUGGGCAUGAACAGAAUUAAUUAAGGAUUCAUUUGAGGUCUUUUCAUGUUGGACUGGUUGUGCAUAUUUUUUCAAACCAAUAUUUUAGUAAAGAAAGUUGAUUUUUUGGUGGAUUUUCUCUAAUUCUCUGAAGAUCCAAAGCAAAAAAGACCCUCAGUAUGACGCUACCACCACCUUGUUUCACAGUAUUCUGUAUGCUAUGGUACAGUAUUCUCAGAUGCUAAAGCUUCCAUUUGACUUUACAUCUUAUUAAUCUUCAGUCUUCAAUGCAA